ACUCUACAGAGGGAUUGCAACUCUUGUGUGUACACAUGUGAAGAGAUUUGAGAGCUGACUAGACAAGGUUUCAUUUAGCCUCCAAAACCUGCUUCCUCAUUAAGGCUUCAAAGAGUUUGAGCAUUCCCAAAGGCAUCUUGAUUCCUGAAGGAGGCAAUGCCCCACACCACAGUCCUUCGUCUCAUCCUGUUGACGCUGUCUGGCAUCUUGCUCCCUUUUGUGAAAGCAGCAGAAUACCCCCAAGGACCCAUCCCUACACUGUGGAAUGAUCCACCAGAACUGCCCUCUGGAGGGGGGCCUUUAGAAACCACCACCACUGCUCGUUUCUCAGACUCUCCAGGAUUUCCACCUUAUACUUCUGAUUAUGAACCAGAAGACACCACUCAUCUCCACCAACUUGAAGAUGGGAAUGGGUCUCUUGGUCCAGGAGCCAUUGGUGCCAUUGUGAUUGCUGCUCUGCUGGGCACGUCUGUGAUUGUGGCCUUGAUUGUCAUCACCCUGCGAAAGUUCUCUGCUUCUUAA